AGGGUGAUCGAGAGAAGUUGAAGAAUCAUGUUUUUUGGGUUUCCUUUUUUGAUACAAAGGGUCAUCUAGUUUUGCUAAUUUCAUUGUCAUCUCUUUCAGGUAAGGGAUUGUUGUUGCCAAUGGGGUGGCUAACUAAAAUCCUUAAAGGUUCUAGCCAUAAGUUUUCGGAUGGACAAUGUAAUGGAAGAUAUAGAGAGGAUAGAAACUUGGAAGGUCCUCGUUAUUCUGCGGAAGGAUCUGAUUUUGACAAAGAAGAGAUUGAAUGUGCUAUUGCACUCUCUCUUUCUGAACAAGAACAUGUAAUUCCACAAGAUGACAAAGGAAAGAAAGUAAUCGAGUACAAAUCUGAAACCGAAGAAGAUGAUGAUGAUGAUGAGGAUGACGAUGAAGAAUACAUGAGAGCUCAGCUUGAGGCAGCAGAAGAAGAGGAAAGACGGGUAGCUCAAGCUCAAAUCGAGGAAGAAGAGAAAAGGAGAGCUGAAGCUCAACUAGAAGAAAUAGAGAAACAGCUUGCAAAAGCUCGAUUAGAAGAGGAAGAAAUGAGGCGUUCUAAAGCCCAGUUGGAGGAAGAUGAGCAACUCGCCAAGGCCAUUCAAGAAAGUAUGAAUGUAGGAUCUCCUCCUCGAUAUGAUCCAGGAAAUAUACUUCAACCAUAUCCCUUCCUCAUUCCAUCUAGUCACAGGAUAUGCGUCGGUUGCCAAGCUGAGAUUGGACAUGGAAGGUUUCUGAGUUGCAUGGGUGGCGUUUGGCAUCCUGAAUGUUUCUGUUGCCAUGCAUGUGAUAAGCCCAUCAUAGAUUAUGAGUUCUCAAUGUCGGGAAAUCGGCCUUAUCACAAAUUAUGUUACAAGGAGCAGCAUCAUCCUAAAUGUGAUGUUUGCCAUAACUUUAUUCCGACAAAUCCAGCUGGUCUUAUUGAGUAUAGGGCACAUCCCUUUUGGAUGCAAAAGUAUUGUCCUUCACAUGAGCGUGAUGGAACUCCUCGGUGCUGCAGUUGUGAGCGAAUGGAGCCGAAAGAUACAAAAUAUCUCAUCCUUGAUGAUGGUCGAAAACUGUGUCUUGAAUGUCUCGACUCAGCCAUUAUGGACACUCAUGAAUGCCAACCAUUGUAUCUUGAGAUACGUGAAUUUUACGAAGGCUUACAUAUGAAAGUGGAACAGCAAAUUCCUAUGCUCUUGGUGGAGAGAUCAGCUCUAAACGAAGCUAUGGAAGGAGAGAAACACGGACAUCAUCAUUUACCUGAAACUAGAGGACUUUGUUUGUCUGAAGAACAAACUGUCACCACGGUGUUAAGGAGACCAAGAAUUGGGGCAGGCUACAAGUUAAUAGACAUGAUCACAGAGCCUUGCAGGCUGAUACGCCGUUGUGAAGUCACUGCGAUUCUCAUUUUAUAUGGACUUCCUCGUUUGUUAACUGGGUCAAUCCUUGCUCAUGAGAUGAUGCAUGCGUGGCUUCGACUAAAUGGGUAUCCAAAUCUUAGACCAGAAGUGGAAGAAGGAAUCUGUCAGGUUUUAGCUCACAUGUGGUUGGAAUCUGAGACUUAUGCUGGCUCUACAUUAGUAGAUAUCGCAUCUUCUUCUUCAUCAUCAUCAUCGGCUGUGGUGUCAGCAUCGUCCAAGAAAGGUGAGAGGUCUGAUUUUGAGAAGAAACUUGGUGAGUUUUUCAAGCAUCAAAUCGAGUCGGAUUCUUCAUCGGCAUAUGGGGAUGGGUUCAGGCAAGGUAACCAAGCAGUUCUUAAGCAUGGUCUGAGGCGAACCCUCGACCAUAUUCGCUUGACCGGUUACUGCUUGAAGGAGAAGAAGACAUGCGUGAGAUGGGUAGAGAGAUACUUCGACGACUGUCUAUGUAACCUAAACGAUGACGUUUCAUUCGCACUUGGAAUUGCUAGCCUCCUCUGUUGGGGUGUCGCAGAGAUUCCUCAGAUCAUCACUAACUUCCGUACAAAGUCAAGUCACGGUGUCUCUCUCUCCUUCCUCCUCGCUUGGGUCGCCGGUGAUAUCUUCAAUCUCGUCGGUUGUCUUCUUGAACCAGCUACUUUGCCGACUCAGUUCUACACAGCCUUGCUUUACACAGUUAGCACUGUGGUAUUGGUGAUCCAAACUAUUUACUACGAUUACAUCUACAAACUUUGUAGACAUGGACGUACCAAGAUUUGUCCAAAGGAUGAGGAAGAUGAAGAGAAGAAACCAUUGAAACCACCAAAGACGAUGGGAUCUGCUAUUUCCAUCCCAGGAGGAUCUUACAAAGAUUCUCCUCGGAGAGAGUUCUAUUACACGUCGGCUAGAUCGUUGGCCGGAAGUGGCACACCUCCCUUAAGAACAUCGUAUUUUCGAGUGGCUAAGAGUGGCCCUUCGGCUCUGGCAAUAGACAAUGGUUCGUCAUCGGACGAAGAUGAUACAAUGUCGACGUGUCCUGACAUAACGGCUAAAACCAUUACCCAACCAAGACCAAUACCUAGACCGGCAGGUUUUGGAACGUUUUUGGCUGCAUCAGCUAGUCUUCCGCUUCAGGCAAAGAGCUUAGCGGAAAAGUACUGGCAUGCUUCAAACAGACGGCUUCUAAAUGAGAGAAGAGUAGAGCAUAGCGCGUUGGGGCAAUGGUUGGGAUGGCUAAUGGCUGCCAUUUACAUGGGCGGUCGCAUCCCUCAGAUUUGGCUCAACAUCAAAAGAGGAAGCGUCGAGGGUUUGAAUCCACUGAUGUUCAUAUUCGCGCUAGUAGCCAAUGCAACAUAUGUUGGUAGUAUUCUUGUCCGAACAACUGAAUGGGACAACAUCAAACCAAACCUUCCUUGGUUGCUUGAUGCUAUUGUCUGCGUCGUACUCGAUCUAUUCAUAAUACUGCAGUAUAUCUACUACAAGUAUUACAGGAUGCAGAGCUUAGAAAGCAAAGAAGAAGACGUCUAUGGAGACUAUGUGGAAGCAAGCAAAACUUUUGUUUCGUGAAUCACUCACUAUUUACUUUACAACGAUCAUUUGAUUUUCUUUUGGCUUUAUCCUUAUGUAUUGAUUCCAGAGUGUUUAGGAUAUGGUUUGUGAUGUAAAUCGUAAGAUUCUGCGAGCUUGUGUAGAUUUUUGGAAACAAAGUUUGAGCAUUUUCAUGACAACAAGUCUCUUUCUCUGUCUUUGCGUUGCUUGCUUUGAAGUCUUUUUUGGAAACAAGAUUGCAUAAACACUCACUGUCUGUGUCUGUUAACUCUGUUCGAUAUAUAUGUUUCUGUAAAGCUUUUACUCAAUCCAUAAUUGUUAUCAUCUUCUAAAUCUGCAGGAAAGUCUCUUCGUGAUCAUUUUGAUAGAUUAAUCUUACAUAGCCAAGAUUCUCGAGCCAAGAAGAAGAGGAAGAUAGUUCUGUUCAGGAUUUGGAUAUUGAGUCUAUCAAGUUUGAGAUGGAAUCAACCAAGGCACAGGCU